CGCCGCUUUAAACCCCGUCCGUGUCCCGCUAGCCGCCAUUGCAGAGCACUGACUGAGCACACCACCCACCAGCUCCGAAGUCAUGUCCCACCUCGACGCGGCCUCGCUCCUCGCCCCCUCGCCGCCGCUGGCAAAGCCCCACCCGCGCAGCCGCUUCCUCUGCCUCAUCUCCUCCAUGCUCGCCGUCCUCGGCGCCUCCCUCGCGGGUCUCCUCUUAUUCGCGCUCCACCCCGCGCCGAACCCGGUCCCGAACUACGCGUCGCUCUUCCUCUCCCUCGGAUCCAACGACACCGCCGCCUCGCACCUCCGAGCGCUCACUCUCCACCCGCACGUCGCGGGGACCAAGGCGAACGCCCUCACCGCCCGCUACGUGUUCGACGCGCUCUCCGCGCUCUCCUUCCCCACCCACAUCACGCCUUACUCCGUCCUCCUCUCCUACCCCGUCCACCGCUCCCUCUCCCUCUCGGCGCCAGGCCGCGGCGUCGUCACCUCCUUCUCCCUAAAGCAGGAGACCUACCCCAACGACCCCUACGCAGCAGCCGCGGCGGAGACCAUCCCGACGUUCUACGCGUACUCGGCCUCCGGGUCGGUCUCCGCGGAGGCCGUGUAUGCUAACUACGGCCGCGAGGAGGACUUCUCUUACCUCGCCUCCCGCGGCGUGGACGUCGCGGGCAAGGUCGCGUUCGCGCGGUACGGGAGGAUCCACUGCGAGGACAUAGCGCACAACGCGCGCGCCGCCGGCGCCGCGGCCGCGGUGGUGUACACUGACCCGCUGCAGUACGGCGGCGCACCCGGUGAGGGGUGGUUCCCCGACUCGCGGUGGCUGCCGCCCAGCGGUGUGCAGGUGGGGAGCCUCUUCCGGGGCGUGGGGGACCCGACGACGCCGAUGUGGGCAUCGUCCGAGGGCUGCGAGCGCGUCAGCUUGGAGGAGGCCAUGAAUACCGAUGACAUGCCGCUCAUCCCAGCCCUGCCGGUAUCGGCUCAGGACGCGAUGGAGAUACACAGAGCCAUGGGCGGGGCCGUGGCGCCGGAGGACUGGCAGGGCCGUGAAGACGGACCCGUUUACCGCCUCGGGCCAGGGCCGGCAGUUUUGAACCUGACAUAUCUUGGGAAUGAUUCGAUGGCAACGAUUGAGAAUGUCUUCGCCAUUAUCGAGGGCGCCGAAGAGCCCGAUAGAUAUGUCAUUCUUGGUAACCAUCGUGAUGCUUGGACGUUCGGUGCAUCUGAUCCCAACAGUGGAACAGCAGCUAUGAUUGAGUUAGCUAAAAGGUUUUCAAUGCUGCAAAAACAAGGAUGGAGGCCUCGAAGAACUAUUAUCUUCUGUAGUUGGGACGCGGAAGAAUACGGACUGACAGGGUCAACUGAAUGGGUUGAAGAAAACCGGGAGAUGUUGUAUUCUAGAGCUGUUGCUUAUCUGAAUAUUGACGUUUCAGUCGUUGGUCCAGGAUUCCUGCCUUCUACAACUCCCCAACUUGAUGAGUUACUUCAGCAAGUAACUAAAGUGGUUCAAGACCCUGAUAAUUCAUCUCAGACUGUGUAUGAUUCAUGGAUUAAAUCGAGCACUCCUCUCCGGGUUCUUAGACUAGGUGAUGGAGGAUCAGACUAUUCAGCAUUCGUCCAACAUGUUGGUAUUCCUUCGAUGAAUAUAAUUUUUGGAGAAGGACCAGGAUAUCCGGUUUACCACUCCUUAUAUGAUGACUACGUAUGGAUGGCGAAAUUCGGAGAUCCUGCGUUCCGUAGGCAUGUGGCAGCUGCUAGCAUAUGGGGAAUGAUGGCUUUGAGGUUGGCAAAUGAAGACAUCCUACCCUUCAAUUACAUGUCCUAUGCAAUUGAGCUUGAGGCAUACACAAAAACGGUAGAGAAUGAAGUGAAGGGAACAACUGUCACUUGUUCCCCUCUGUACAACUCAAUCAGAACUCUCGGAGCGGCAGCUACCAAAGUGAAUAACGAACAAAAGGAACUUCAAAAGCUACUCUUGAGCAAGCAGCUGAACAAGGAUUCACUGAAAAUCCGACAACUCAAUGACCGUCUUAUGCAGACCGAGCGUGCAUUCACUAGCAGGGAAGGCAUCUUCAAGCUAGAAUGGUUUAAGCAUCUGGUGUAUGGACCUUCAGACCAGAAUGACUGGGAUACUGCAGUCUAUCCAGGUAUAGCCAAUGCCAUAGCCAGCGCCCGGAGCAGCAACACUUCGGAGUCCUGGAAGUUUGUACAGCAUGAGAUCUACAGAGUAGCCAGGGCCGUGACACAAGCAUCUGCUAUACUGAGUGGCCGUCUGACAUGACAGGAUUCAAACCAUAUUCGUUAAAAAAGAUUGUUACUGUGGAUUUCGGAAGUUUUGACAUUUUUUGAAACUUUCGACUAUGAAAUAUCUGAGUUGCAGAGAAAGACCGUGCACCACAUUAGGGCUUGUUCGUUUUGCUCUCAAUCCAUGUGGAUUGGGUGGGAUUGGAUGAGUUUCAAUCCCAAACAAGUCAAAAUCUUUCACAAUUUUUUCCAAUCCCAUCCAAUCCACAUGAGAUAGGAAUAACCGAACAAGCCCUUAAAAGGAUUUGGUAUAGGUCAGAACUUUCCGAUAGGGGGUUGGAAAUUUCAACUUGGCAUACUUUCCAAACACAAAAAAGAAGUGUGCAGUGUUGUGCUUAGUGUCUCUCAGUUUAUAUUAAAGAA